AUGGAUGCCAACCUACAAAAAGCAUUAUUGGAUAGGGUCUAUGAGAAACGUAAAGCGGCAACACUGGAACUGGAAAAGCAAGCUCGUGAAGCAUUGGCAAAAAAUGAUCGUGCUAGAAUCAAUUUGAUCAUUCAACAAUUAUGCUCUUUACUCAAUUCAAAUACUUCUUCCGUCUCCAAUCCACAAAGUGUAAAUGCAAGAAAUGGAGGUCUAAUCGGGCUGGCAGGUAUCGGUAUCGCUUUGGGUGUCGAGAUUGCUUCUUAUUUGGAACAGAUUGUACCGCCUGUACUAGCAUGCUUUGUCGAUCCGGAUAGCAAGAUUCGAUACUUUGCAUGCGAAAGUUUCUACAAUAUCGCAAAGGUUUGCAAAGGUGAAAUUUUGAUGUAUUUCAACGAAAUAUUCGAUGCUCUUUCGAAACUAGCAGCAGAUACCGAGCUAUCAGUGAAGAAUGGAGCGGAACUUCUAGAUCGACUGCUAAAGGACAUCGUUUGUGAAGCAGCGUCACAUUAUAUAUCUCAAUAUCAGGACACAUCUUUGAUCAGAGCACGGCAAGAUGCUGCUGAAGGAAAUCUAGGUGGACAAGCAGAGCUGGAUGUAGCAAGGGAAAAGUCAAAUACUACACAGGGUGGAGAACAAGGUGAAGCAGAUACAGCAGCAAACAAAGCAUUCAGUUUGGCACGCUUUGUACCUUUGUUGGCAGAACGUAUUUAUGUGCUCUCGCCAUUCACAAGGAACUAUCUCGUUAGCUGGAUAACGGUUUUAGAUUCAGUUCCAGACUUGGAACUAGUGACCUAUCUGCCGCAAUUCCUCGAUGGAUUACUGCGCUAUCUCAGCGAUCCAAACACUGAUGUUCGUGUAGCAACUGCAAAAGUACUCGCUGACUUUCUACGUGAGAUUCAAGAAGCAGCAGAAGUCGCUCGUGCCAGACGGGAGGCUGCUCUGCGAAAAGGCAAUACACAGAAAGCGACGACUUCGACACACAAAGAGACUCAGGAUCAGGGUGAUUCUACGUCAGAAGUAGGCCUGGGAUUGGAGUCGCCUAAGCAAGAAGGAGAUACUACCUCGAACGAAGUUGAAGAAGAAUGGGUUCCAGCGCAAGAGGUACGCAUUGAUUAUUCUGCUAUUAUGGAGAUCCUGCUGAAUCAUGUUGGAGGGCCCGAUGAAGAAAUUCAAGCUACAACACAACAAUGGAUUGCAGAACUGCUUAUGGUUGUCAAAGAGGUUGUCAUUCCAUUCACGCCUCGACUCAUUCCCUCCAUUCUGCCAAAUAUCGCUCAUCAUAGCCCUGCAAUUCAGAAUGCAGCAAAUGUGUUGAAUGUGAACUUGUAUCAGAUUAUAGAAGAGAUGAAUUGGUCACCACCAGCGCAAGGCACAAACGAGGAAAGGGCUUCAAGUCCCAAAGCAGAAGGUUCCAAUUCCCCCGAAAAGAGAAAAAUGGCUUCUCCCGCCAUCUCACCAAGACUCAGGCCAAUCGCUGAGGCCCAUGGCGGUGGUGGUCAAAGCUCUGAAGGUGCGCUAGGCGUAAAUUUGUUAUCUUUGAAUGACAAUACCAGCAAAGUGACAGGAGAUCCAUUCGAUUUGCAGUCCACGGUGAAUGUUUUGACCCUACAGCUAAUAGAUGAGCACGAAGAGACUCGUGUUUCAGCGCUGGAAUGGCUCUUGAUGCUACAUCAAAAAGCGCCUAGAAGGAUUCUCAGCAUUGAUGAUGGAACGUUCCCUGCCCUGCUAAAGACACUCUCAGACCCAAGUGAAGAUGUCAUCAGGUGUGAUUUGAGAUUGUUGGCUCAGAUGAGCGGUGCCUCAGAUGACGCCUACAAUUCAUACCUUGCAAACCUGGUCAAUCUUUUCUCGACAGAUCGACGUUUAUUGGAGGCAAGAGGUAGUAUCAUCGUUCGUCAACUAUGCACAACAUUGCAUACCGAACGUGUAUUCCGCACGUUAGCAGAAAUCUUGGAAAAGGAUGAAGAUUUGGAAUUCGCAAGCAUUAUGAUUACAAAUCUCAACAUGAUUCUCAUCACCAGUCCGGAACUGAGUGAUUUCCGCAAACGACUUAAAAAUCUGGAAACGCGGGAUGGUCAAAACUUGUUUGUCAGCUUGUACAGAAGUUGGUGCCAUAAUGCCGUUGCAACAUUGAGCUUAUGCUUAUUGGCUCAAGCAUAUGAGCAUGCGAGCAAUCUGUUGAGCAUAUUUCCCGAUCUAGAGAUCACCGUACCUUUUCUGAUUCAAAUCGACAAAUUGGUGCAAUUGAUCGAAUCACCCGUAUUUAUGACGCUACGAUUGCAAUUGCUGGAGCCUGAAAGACAUCCACACUUACUCAAAACAUUAUAUGGUCUACUGAUGUUAUUGCCACAGUCGUCAGCCUUUGCUACACUGCGUAACAGAUUGAAUGCAGUAAGCGCUUUGGGUUAUCUGCAUGUCGGAUCAGGUAGUAGGAUAGGUACCGGCCAAGCGAGCUCCAAUACCUCGAACAAUUCUGAAAGAGGCAAUGCAACCAGCGGAAACUCUGGAGGGGGAGGUUCAGGAAGUGGUGGCAGCGUAAGUGCAACACGUAGCAAGAUCAUUGGAAGCAAUCGUGAAGACUUGAAGUGGAAUGAGCUUUUAAUUCAUUUCAAAGUUGUUCAAGCACGUCAUGAAAGAGCAAGAAGG